GGAAAGGUCCUGAUGAAAAAGCAACGAGAGGAUUUUGCUUUCUUUAUCACUGAGAAACCAAAAAAGCCCUCAUGUGACUUUGUAGAUGACUUCACACAUUUAGAGGGCAGGAAGGAAGUCGGGCAGUAGAGCUCCCUUCGCUCUCCUGUGGGGCGGCGGCUGCAAAUUCGGCCUCGUUACCUCCCAAAAUGACCCCCCAGACACCCCCCGAGCCCCCCAAAUGCUGCUUCUUCAGCAUCAAGACAGCCACAGUGGCCCUGGGGAUCUUCCACAUGGUCAUGAGUGUUUUGCUGCUGAUCGAGUAUUCCCUGGAGGUGUCCAACGGGAGGGGCUUCCACAGAGAUCUGCCCAAGGAUUACUACGGGAUUGCCGAUGUUGUCACCAGUUUCCUGCUGAUCAUCAUGUUGUUUGUCAUCAGCUUCAACCUCCUCCUGGGUGUGCUGAAGAGGAGGGAACGUCUCCUGAUCCCCUUCCUUGCCCUGCAAGUCAUGGACUUCCUCCUCAGCCUCCUGACCAUGUUCAGCUCCUACCUGCAGGUCCCAGUGCUCAUUUCUAUGUCCUCCCUGAGCCACACGGGCCAUUCCAAGAUCCCUCUCCUGGCUCUGCAGCUGCUGGACUUCUGCCUGAGCAUCCUCACCCUGUGCAGCUCCUACAUGGAGGUGCCCACCUAUCUCAGCCUCAAGCCUUCAGACAAUGGGGGAUUCCUGCCAACCCUGGAGAAGCUGCCAACAGAGGAAUAUGCCAAAGUGAUGAUCACCUUCACCAUCGCCUUCAUCGCCGUCCUCUUCCUCAAGGCCUAUAUGUUCAAAUGUGUGCUGAGCUGCUUUAAGUACAUCAAAGCCAGCAAGAGAGAGGAGGUGAAAGUCGACCCACAGGCAGUUGAAAAGGUUGUUCUGCCAUCCUAUGAGGAAGCCUUGGAGCUGCCUGCCAAGGAGUCCCCACCACCCUAUGUGACAAUCUGAGCUCUGUUCUGGGGAGCAAACAACACCAGUGCUGCUGCUGUGCCUCUUCCCCUGCUGUCAGACAGUCAGUCCCACCGAGGAAUCCUCGCUCUGGAGCAGCCCCAUGACCCCAGCUGGGUGAUCCAGCCCACUGGGUGAUCCUGCAGAGUGGGGGGGUUUGAUGCCUUGUCCCACACUGGCAUUUUGACUCCCAUUUAUUGCUCAUUUUACCAGCCUGGGCUCCAGGCCCUGCAGAGAUUCCCAAGCCUGGUUCUGCCCUGUGGGACGUGCAGGUGCUGCCUGAGCCCCUCCCGGCCUUGCUUUCUGCCAGGGAGAUGCUGCUUCUCCUCUGUCUCACACAUAACUGAGAUAUUUUGGGAGUGGGAUGGGGGGGAAAUGGGGGAGAAGCUUUUCUGUGCCACAGCCCAGCCCUGAAGCUGUGCCAGCCAGACCCCGUGGCAAAGGGAGCAUCAGGAGAAUGAAGAUCUCCCCUGAAUUAUGACCCAGCUCUCAUCCUGUCUGCUUCCCAUGAGCAUUGAUCCAUCCAGCACGCUGGGGUGCUCACAGUGUUGCUCUGCUACUUUAUACCUGAGUGGUUGCAUAUUUUAUUUUGCUUUUAGUGUGACUUGAAAGAUGAGUUUCAAUUAAAAAAAAAAAUGUUAAUGGCUUCA